AAAGAGGACACCUUAAAAUUGGCAGCAUGUUCUUUUCACCAGUCUUGAACCUUCUCGCACCCUAGUCAAACCUUUUUAAUGCACAAAAUGCUAUCUGAAUCCUGUGAAUCAUUCUUGAUUAGAUGCAAAUAAAGAUCUUUUCUAUCCACAAAAGUAAAAUAUAACUUAUUGCAUUUGUUAAAAAAAAAAAAAAAAAAAAAAAAGAAAUCUGAAAGAUGGUGGAGACUUCAGAGAGUUCAGGUGAGUCCAGUGACUGGGAAUUAGUCCAACACUCAUCUGAUCAGCCAUCUUCGCCACCACCACAAGGGCAGCUACUCGGAUAUGAAAUGGUAAUAAGAGACAACUUCUAUGGUGAUAAUUCUAUCUUCCCACCAAGCGAGCAUGAAGACUUGCCCCUUUUAGGAGAAGCCUCUGGUUCACCGAGAAAUACAUCACCACGACGACAGUCAUCGUUGUCAUCUGCAUGUACAGACAUAGGUUCUCCGAAAGAGCAACAGACAAAAUCAGAUACAAGACUUUCUAUCAUGAUGAAUGUGAUGGGGACUAGAAUGUACACAUUUGGAAGAAAAGUGUUUCAGGUUUUUCUUUGCAGCAGUAGCAGGAGGUGUUUCUCUAUUUUUCCUGCUACCGCGAUAGUGGUAGCAUUGCUUGCUUGCGUGAAGAUUCUGCAGUGGCGAAACCGCCUUCUGGUCCUCAUAAGAGAGAAAGACCAGAGAAUCAGCCAGCUCUUGCAUCAGAUAGCGCACAUGAACGAGAUCUUGUCAGCACGACGGAAGGUUCCAGUCUUGCGAAUUUAAUUAGACCAAUGUGACUUCAUGAGCAUCAAAAUAUUGCUGCAAAUAGUUUAAUGCAUAAUUUGUUAUUUGGUAUAUUGUAAUGCUGCAGAAUGCAAGCGAAACCUCUCUGGAAUUGAGAUUUCUAUAGUCCAGAGCAUGGUUUUCCAUUUAUAUACUGAAAAAUAUUGUAGAAUAGAUCUCCACACCGAGCUUCAAUACGACAACGGUUAUACAUUUAUACACUGAAAAA